AAAGCAUGCAGCAGGCAUAUGGAUUGAGCAUAAGGUUAAAAGACAUUAAAUGGAAAACCCUCCCUGCUCUGGGGGCGGAGACUUGUUCUACAAAGCCUCCUGUCAUGCCAGUGGCCAACUACACAAGUUGGAGGAUUUUUUCCCCCCUGUGACAUGUGCCUUAGUUGCAGUAGAAAGGAAAUGUGUCAUCUGUGGUUUGGUUUUAAAAGUGGAAAACUAGCUGCACAUAUCCUUUUUUUUUUUUUUUUUUUACUGCAGAUUUACUUUAAGGUUCAUUUUCUCCAAGUCUAUUCUGCUUUCAUUAAGAAGACAAGGAAAGAAGUGAUUUAUUAAAAUCACGUUGUAAUCAGAUUUUGACCAAGCAUUUUGUAAGUUGGUCAGUCUACUCAUGGACAUGGAACACAUAGGACGCUACCUGCAUUUUGCCUUUCUGAUGACAACAGUUUUUUCUUUGUCUCCUGGAACAAAAGCAAACUAUAACUAUCUGUGGCCUAACACUACUACUGCCUGGGAUUCGGCUAUUCAAAACAAGACAGGCAGAAGCCAAAAUGAAAGCGUUAACACAAACUCUGUAACUCCUGAAGUCGAUUAUAAAGGCAAUUCUGUAAACCUGCCUGAAACAGCAACACCUCAUACCGUGUCUUUAACUUCUAAAUCUGAUCAGGAACUUUACACUGUCAGGCACAGCUCUCCAACAGCACAGAGCAGCGAAAACACCAGCAAAAGUCACAGUGAAAUUUUCAAAAAGGAAGUCUGUGAGGAAAACAACAACAACAUGGCGAUGCUGAUUUGCUUAAUUAUAAUUGCAGUGCUUUUUCUUAUUUGUACCCUUCUAUUUCUAUCAACUGUGGUUCUAGCAAACAAAGUCUCAUCUCUCAGACAAGCAAAACAAGUAGGCAAGCGGCAGCCUAGAAGCAAUGGCGAUUUUCUGGCAAGCAGUGGUCUAUGGUCUGCUGAAUCAGACACUUGGAAAAGAGCAAAGCAGCUCACAGGACCCAACCUCAUGAUGCAAUCUGCUGGAGUGCUCACAGCUACACGGGAAAGGAAAGAUGAAGAAGGAACUGAAAAACUUACUAACUAACAGAUGGUUUAGUGAAGAAAAAUGCAAAGUAGCAAUGAGAAAGGUUAUGGAGUAAAAAUGAAUUCAAAGUGUUGGUCUGCCGAUCUAAAUAAAACCCACCAUGGGUAGGCCUUGCAAUGUAGAAUCAUGCAGGCGAGAAGGGAAGAGGUACGUCUGUGUACUUCACUAUUUAAACUGUGUGGUUUUGUUUUGACACUGACUAUUUUAAAAAGCAAAUAACAAAACAAGCAUUUGAGGAAGGUUUUAAAGAUAAAUUGAGGAAACAGAUUAAUAGAGAUAGCAAGGAAUAAUGCAAUAAAUAUUCCCUAUUCAAUAACAGCAGUUAGAUAAUCUUUGUCUGAAUGUAAUUAAACUCUGAAGAGUUUCGGUAUGCCCUUAGAGCCAAGCAUAUGCUUCAGCAUCUAACAGAAGUCAGAUUCCUAACGCAUACAGUUGGACUGUAUAAUUUAAUGGUACCUUUGUUGGGUGUGGCAGAACCUACACCAGCUCAAUCAACACAACUAACUUUAGACUAGAUGCUUUCAUCUUUACAUACAACACACGUAAGAAUGUGUUUUUUUACUAUAAAUACUAAAUUAAAACUUUUAAUUUUGCAUAAUACAUUAAAACUUGUUAGAAUAAACCUGACUAUAUAUAUUUGCAUUAAGUUUAUUAUCUUAGAGAACAUACUGUAAAGACCAAUAAGAAACAGGUAAGAUAGCUAAACCAGAUCAACUAAGACAAAACAGAUCAACUAAAAUAGAUAAGAUAUAUAACUAUACCAAUAGGCAAAGCAUAAAUGUAAAGUACAUUUUACUGCUUGAGGGAAACAUUCAUCUUUUCUUUAAAUACUGUUUACUGAAACAUUAGCAACAAGUACCCAAAUGUUAAUUAAUUUUUGGACUUCAUGGAUGUCAAGUAGCCUAAUAAAUGAUCAAUUUUA